GUUCGGUUCUUAAUGGUUGCGUCUCUAUAAGUAUUUUUUUUCGCCAUGAUCGGUGUAUAUUCUUUGCGAGCAAGCUUCAGGAGCUCUASUAUUCUUAUUAAGCAACUGAUUUCAUCACAAGCUCACAAUGUGURUAACAAAGGAUUAAAAACAGCUAAACCAAUUCACCAGGCAAAAACGGCAAUUCAAAGAGCAUUAUGCAGUGAGGCUCGCACAAUACCUUUGUCAGAAACACCAAGAGUUAGAAAGAUAACAGGGUAUUGGCUGCUUGGAUGUGCAGGAAUGACAUUCUCAAUGGUGAUCCUUGGUGGUGUAACAAGACUWACAGAAUCAGGUUUGUCCAUGGUGGACUGGAACCUAAUAAAAGGAAUGAAACCACCAACCAAUCCACAGCAAUGGGAAGAAGAAUUCAAGAAAUACCAACAAUUUCCAGAAUACAAAAUAUCCAACCAAGGCAUGACACUGGAAGAAUUUAAGCGUAUUUGGUAUAUGGAGUAUUUYCAUCGUAUGUGGGGUAGAGCAAUUGGUUUGGUAUAUUUCAUUCCAGCAGGUGUUUUCCUGGCUAAAGGAUGGUUCAAUAGAGGGAUGAAAAUUAGGACAGGAGUUCUUGGUGCACUCUUGGUAUCACAGGGACUUCUUGGUUGGUACAUGGUSAAAAGUGGUUUGGAUGAAGAGCUCAUUAGUAAAACUGAAAUCCCUCGAGUSAGUCAGUAUAGACUUGCCUCUCACUUGUCUCUAGCAUUUGUAUUUUACUCAGGACUUCUGUGGUGUUCAUUGUGCCAACUGAUGCCACACCCCAAGGUAGGUCAUGUACACAGGAAGCCCAAGAGAAGGUGGAGUGUUUGGAAAGAAAUUUGUUUAAUUUUUAAGGUUACACUUGGCAUUUCCACACUGCUGUUGUAUGUCCCGACUCACCUCGCAGCUACACAUCAAGCAGGCUCAUUAACUCUUCUUUCCAUCGCCAUAUGGUUGACUAACGCACUGAGGAAACCAAAACUUAUCUAGUAUUGUGGGGAGUCGUUUUGUUGGUUGCACUUUUGUGCGCUCGCGUAAGUACGCAGAACGCAAUACAGCAGACGAAAUAACGGGAAAACUGCUUUUUUCGGCGGUGAUAUGAGUCUGACCAAGAGAGAAUGACGAUAUCGUCGAAAGAGUAAAUAUUUGAGAAAGGCACAUACUUGUCAUGAACUAUAUCGUUAUGAUGAUCAGUAAAUUAUGGUUAGCCAGACACAGAGAAGAUGAACGCGUUAUGAAAUGACGGUAUCUUGUAAUUCAUUUUCGGAAAAUGUGAUAACAUUUGAAUUGUAAAGAUGAUGUUUUUUCGCGUUUAUAGAGUAAUUUUCUUAAAAAGGACACGCCUUGCGUAACACAGGGGUGUGCACCCGACGCCCAAUUUUGMAAAGGAUGGAAUGCACUCAUGAACAAAGUAAAAAACCUCUACUAUUCAAAUGGAUUUAUUUUCCAAUAUAUUUUGUCAGUUAUCAAUCAUUUGGGAGAGAUUUCCCUUUCUGCGUCACUCKCAACACCGCUACACCCCUUACGUUGCGCUGGCUUUGUGUGACGUCAUAAAUUUAAAGUUUUUUUGCGAAUAAAGAUUAUCUUAUAGCUGUAUCAAGUGAUAACAUAAAAGUAAAAAAAACCUGAACUGGAUCGAUCAGGUGUUCAAAUAACCGUGAAGAAGCAGGUUAUUGGCUUGAGUGAGUUUUUGGACAUGUAAAAUCCCAACAAAAUAGAUAAGAAUAUUAUUGCAUGUGUUUAAAGGCAAGAUGUAAAAGCUUGAUUCUCUUCUGUAUUAUGCGACUUCAUUAAAUCUUGUUUAAAUUUU